UCCGAUAUGAACGUAUCCUUCGAUUUCUAGAGUUGAAUGUGAGCCAUUACAAAUUUUCGUUUCAUAGUUCUAAACCUCAUCUACAUAUAGUGACGGUGUGAUGGUGACAAUCAUCCGUCCAUCUUAGUUUUCUCAAAAAGUCCCUUAUGCAUAUAUUCGACAACAUGGACGGCUCCGAUCAUUGGAACGCUCAGCGUGUGGGCCCCAAUUAGGGUCGACAGAGGCGAGAUCCUGAGUCGCGACAGAGGCAAUACGAAUUCUUUCGUUUCAGUCAACCGCAAGCAAAACGCACCAACAAAGCUUGAGAAGAGAAGAAAGAGAGCCUCUCUCUGUCUCUCUCUCUCUCUCUCUCUCUCUUCCAAAAUCGAUCAAAGCAAAAGGCAGAAGAGCAGAAGAACAGAAGAGAUGAAAGAAGAAACGAUUACUUUGAUAUUGGUGAAUUUGGCGGGAAUCAUGGAGAGAGCUGACGAGGCCCUCCUUCCUGGCGUCUACAAAGAGGUGGGGGCCGCUCUACACACCGAUCCAACGGGCCUCGGCUCUCUCACCCUCUUCCGAUCCAUCGUCCAAUCGUCUUGCUACCCCCUCGCUGCCUACCUCUCCAUCCACCACAACCGGGCCCACGUCAUCGCCCUCGGUGCCUUCUUAUGGGCCGCUGCCACUUUCCUCGUCGGCGUCUCCUCCACUUUCUUCCAGGUAGCAGUAUCAAGAGCCCUGAAUGGAAUUGGGCUUGCCAUAGUCGCACCUGCCAUUCAAUCGCUUGUUGCAGACUCGACCGAUGAUGGCAACCGUGGUGUAGCGUUUGGAUGGCUACAGCUAACAGGCAACUUCGGUUCUAUCAUCGGUGGCCUCUUCUCUGUUCUACUAGCUUCGACAUCAUUCAUGGGGAUCCCUGGAUGGAGAAUUUCUUUCCAUCUAGUUGCAUUGGUGAGUAUUAUAGUUGGGAUUCUGGUCCGCCUCUUCGCCAAUGACCCACGCUUUUCUGAUGGCUCCCAUAGAAGUUCUGAUCCCAUUCCGAGAAAAUCCUUCUGGUUGGAAGUGAAGGAUCUGGCACAAGAAGCGAAGUCUGUAGUCAAAAUCCCAUCUUUCCAGAUAAUCAUAGCGCAGGGUGUAACAGGGUCAUUCCCAUGGUCAGCUUUGUCAUUUGCACCAAUGUGGUUAGAACUCAUUGGCUUCACUCACAAAGAAACGGCAUUCUUGAUGAGCCUGUUUGUCGUUGCCGGUUCACUUGGAGGAUUGUUUGGAGGCAAGAUGGGAGAUAUCCUUUCCAAGCGUUACCCAAACUCUGGCAGGAUAGUUCUGUCACAGAUAAGCUCAGGUUCAGCAAUCCCACUGGCAGCACUGCUGUUGUUGGUGUUACCAGAUGAUCCCUCUUCAGGAUUUAUGCAUGGUUUGGUCAUGGUCAUCAUGGGAUUGUGCAUAUCAUGGAACGGUCCUGCUACAAACAAUCCGAUAUUUGCAGAGAUAGUCCCCAAGAAAUCAAGGACAAGCAUCUACGCUCUGGAUCGAUCUUUUGAGUCCAUACUGGCAUCAUUUGCUCCCCCUGUUGUCGGCCUUCUGACUCAGCGUGUUUAUGGUUAUAAACCAGUUCCUAACGGAUCGAGUGAAGGCAUUGAAAUUGAGAUUGAUAGGGAGAAUGCCAUGUCAUUGGCCAAGGCACUCUACACCGCAAUAGGAGUUCCAAUGGCACUAUGUUGUUUCAUCUACUCCUUCCUCUAUUGCACCUACCCAAGAGAUAGGGAGCGAGCCCGGAUGGACUCUUUAAUAGAAUCGGAGAUGCAGCAGAUCGAGUCAGACAACCCUCCUGUGGCGGGAGAGUAUGCUCAAGUUCAGUUCUCUGAAUCAGAUGAGUUAUAUGCAAAGGAGAGAAGUGUGAUUGAAAUGGAAUAUGGGGAUGAUAGUGUUGAUGACAAUGAUGAGGAGACAUUACUUUCUCGCGAGCUGACAUUUGCAUACCUAGCGGAUUAGUGAGUGGAACACUCAAAGUGAGCAGAAACCAUGUUUUUGCCAAGUGGGUAUCCUUCAUCGUUCAAUCCCAAAUGCAAAGAAGCUUCUUUGGCUAGUUUUGAUGCGGUUUGAGGAUGUCAGGCUUCAGAAGAUGUAAUUUGGGAUGUGGUGAUCUGAGGAAGCUGAUGGGCUUUUACAAUUUUCUGACUACAUAUGUUGAUAUCAAACAGGUGAGUCUUGCGAUUGCUGGAAAGAUGUGCUGUAAUUCAGAUACAAUUCUUGUUGUAAUGUUAAUCAUGUGACUGAUUUUGAGAUUGUUGAUUCAAUAUUGGAGCGGCUCCUGGGUUCGUCUGAUUCGUCUGACAGUUUCACAAGGACGGGAUCUCAAUCUUCAUGGUGUGCAUGAAUCGGUGCCAAAAUAAGAUCUUUGAGCCAUACCACCAAAUGGUCGCAAGGCAUCUUGUUGGAGGUCAAGACAUGUAUGUAACAUUAAUAUUCAACCAUAUAGUAAUGGAGCCAGAUUUUGAUUUACCUGAUUACAGAAGGAAGAUGACAAGUGACUUGGUUUUUCAGUGUGUAUUCGAUUGUUGGGUAAUCAAUCACUGUGAGAGGCAAUUCAUUUCGUCGUAAAGAGAUCAGACCUUUCAGCAAUGCUGCCAGCAAUUUAUAAGACAGGUCGAAUGAUGCUGCAAGGGAUAAUCUCUCUUCUUUUUUGUAUUUUUCCUUUUUUGUUGCAUAUUGUUUAUUUAUUGUUGCUAUUAUAGUUAUAACAGUAGGGGAAACAGUGUCACAUGAAUACCAUUUUGAUAUCCUUUAUAGGUUCGAUUUUGA